GCACACACGUUUCCCAGCAGCUCAUUUCAAAUGGUGAAUGUGUGGAGGCGCGCGGUCGGGCAGAAACACGCACAAGCAUGACGGCCAAGAGAACCGCUUUCCAGCCGCUCACCAGCUCCCGCAUCCCGGCGGAGAGGAAGGGAGCGGCUGAGCGCCUUCAUAACCCCGAGCCUUGUGCCUCUUCCCCGCAGGAGCCGGAGAAACCAGCGGCGUCCUCCUCGGGGACUGUCGGGGGCUCCGGGCCGGUGCUGGACGAGUCAUCCGACAGCGAGGGAGAGCAGGAAGGGCCGCAGAAACUCAUCCGGAAAGUGUCAACCUCCGGGCAAAUACGGAGCAAGACGAGUGUGAAGGAAGGGCUGCUUCUGAAACAGACAAGCUCGUUCCAGCGUUGGAAAAAGCGUUAUUUCAAAUUGCGGGGACGGACGCUAUACUAUGCCAAGGAUGCCAAGUCUCUUAUUUUCGACGAGGUGGAUCUUUCAGAUGCCAGUGUUGCCGAAUCAAGCACAAAGAAUGUCAACAACAGUUUCACGGUAAUUACACCGUUCCGAAGGCUUAUCCUGUGCGCCGAGAACAGGAAAGAAAUGGAGGACUGGAUCAGCUCGCUGAAAUCGGUUCAGUCCAGAGAGCAUUACGAGACGGCACAGUUUAAUGUGGAACAUUUCUCAGGGAUGCACAACUGGUAUGCCUGCUCCCACGCUCGCCCUACCUUCUGUAACGUCUGUCGGGACAGCCUCUCGGGGGUCACUUCUCAUGGCCUCUCUUGUGAAGUGUGUAAAUUCAAGGCACACAAAAGAUGCGCAGUCAGGGCCACCAACAACUGCAAAUGGACAACGUUGGCCUCUAUCGGGAAAGACAUCAUUGAGGACGAGGAUGGGAUUGCAAUGCCACACCAGUGGCUGGAAGGCAACCUGCCUGUCAGUGCUAAGUGCGCAGUUUGCGACAAAACCUGUGGCAGCGUGUUGCGCUUGCAGGAUUGGCGUUGUUUGUGGUGCAAAGCCAUGGUGCACACGGCAUGCAUGGAUCUCUACCACCGCAAAUGCCCCCUCGGCCAGUGCAAAGUGUCCAUCAUCCCCCCUACCGCCCUCAACAGCAUCGACUCAGACGGUUUCUGGAAGGCCACCUGUCCCCCAUCAUGUGCAAGUCCACUCCUCGUGUUUGUCAACUCAAAAAGCGGAGACAACCAAGGGGUAAAAUUCCUGCGUCGCUUCAAACAGCUGCUCAAUCCCGCUCAGGUCUUUGACCUGGUCAAUGGUGGACCUCAUUUAGGCCUUCGCUUGUUCCAAAAGUUCGAUAACUUCCGAAUCCUUGUGUGCGGUGGAGAUGGAAGCGUUGGUUGGGUCCUGUCUGAAAUUGAUAAACUUAAUCUUCACAAACAGUGCCAGCUGGGUGUUCUGCCGCUGGGCACCGGGAAUGACCUGGCACGGGUGCUCGGCUGGGGGCCGUCCUGUGAUGAUGAUACUCAACUCCCUCAGACACUGGAGAAGCUGGAGAGAGCCAGCACCAAGAUGCUGGACAGGUGGAGUAUAAUGACGUAUGAGAUUAAAAUACCUCCCAAACACAGCUGCCCCACCACACCUGAGGAGACAGAGGACGGCCAGUUACAGAUAUCUGCUUACGAGGAUUCAGUGGCUGCUCAUCUCACGAAGAUCCUGAACUCAGAUCAGCACUCGGUGGUCAUAUCUUCAUCAAAGGUAUUGUGUGAGACGGUGAAAGAAUUUGUGGCCAAAGUUGGGAAGUGUUAUGAAAGAAGCAGUGAGAGUAUGGAGGAGGCUGAUGCGCUUGCUCUCAAAUGUGUGAUUCUGAACGAGAAGCUGGACUCCCUCCUGCAGACGCUGAAUUUAGAGGCGCAGGCCAUGACGCCCUCAGCCCUCACCACGCCACCCAUCGUGGAGGAGGAGGUGGAGGAGGAGGAGCUGGAGGAAGAGGAGGAUCUGAGUGAAGAGUCUAUAACGGAGCUGAAGGAGAAUGAGACUGAGAAAGGCUCUGCUCAUAAGCUCUUCAGACCCCGCGAGCAGCUCGUGCUGAGAGCCAACAGCCUGAAGAAAGCGCUCAGACAGAUCAUCGAGCAGGCAGAGAGAAUGGUGGAUGAGCAGAACGCUCACACGGACGAGCAGGAGUUGCAGUCUCCCUCUGACUUCAGGAAGGACAGCGAGGAGGAAAACCGAGACAGUGAGAAGGACGAGGACACUAAAGAACUGGAAGCUCUGCCCUUGGCUAAGUCACUGUGUUUGCCGCCAGAGAGGCGUUUGAGUCGCAGCACACAGUCCUGCGGCUCCUUCUCCAUCACUCCCUUCACCACAAGCAAGGAGAACCUGCCCGUCCUCAACACACGCAUCAUCUGUCCCGGUCUGCGGGCAGGUCUCGCUGCAUCUAUAGCUGGAAGCUCCAUAAUCAGUAAGAUGCUGCUUGCCAACAUUGAUCCAUUUGGAGCCACACCCUUCAUAGAUCCUGACCUGGACUCACUAGAGGGCUAUUUGGAGAAGUGUGUGAUGAACAACUACUUUGGCAUUGGAUUAGAUGCAAAGAUCUCACUGGAGUUCAACAACAAACGUGAAGAGCACCCGGAGAAAUGCAGAAGUCGCACUAAAAACAUGAUGUGGUAUGGCGUUCUGGGGACGAAAGAGCUUCUGCAGCGGACCUACAAGAACUUGGAGCAGAAAGUUCAGCUGGAGUGUGACGGCCAGUACAUCCCACUCCCCAGUCUCCAGGGGAUCGCUGUGCUGAACAUCCCCAGCUACGCCGGGGGAACCAACUUCUGGGGCGGCACCAAAGAGGAUGACAUAUUUUGUGCCCCUUCAUUUGAUGACAAAAUUUUGGAAGUGGUGGCUGUGUUUGGUAGUAUGCAGAUGGCUGUGUCCAGGGUGAUCAAACUGCAGCAUCACCGUAUUGCACAGUGUCGCACGGUGAAGAUCACCAUCCUGGGAGAUGAAGGAGUGCCGGUCCAGGUGGAUGGAGAAGCCUGGAUUCAACCUCCUGGAGUCAUCAAGAUUCAGCACAAGAACCGGGCCCAGAUGCUGACAAGAGACAGGAUCAUGUCUUUCAUAGAGGCUGAUGUCAGGGAUCUUGGGCUUAAAAAGGCAUUUGAAAACACGCUGAAGUCUUGGGAGGAUAAACUGAAAUACGACAAGCCUCCGCUGAGGCCGCAGCUGUAUCCUCAGCACUCUGUGGAUCUGGCCACAGAGGAGGAGGCCACAAUCAUCCAGAUGUGCGCUCGAGCCGCAGAGGAUCUCAUCACCAGGAUCUGCGAGGCUGCCAAAAACUACCAACUCCUCGAGCAGGAGCUGGCCCACGCCGUCAACGCUUCCUCACACGCCAUCAACAAAACACACCCCAAGUUCCCCGAGAGUCUGACAAGAAACACUGCCAUUGAGGUGGCCAGCACCGUGAAAGCCCUACACAAUGAGACCGAGUUGCUGCUAGUAGGACGAGUGCCAUUGCAACUGGACCCUCCUCAUGAAGAGCUGCUGUCCAGUGCCCUGCAGAGUGUUGAGGUUGAACUGGGCAAGCUGGCUGAGAUCGAAUGGCUGUACCACAUCUUACAGCCCAAUGACGAGGAGGAUAACUCGCUUGAGUACGGAAAAAGAAACAGUCGGAGUGGCAUGUUUCGCAUAGUGCCAAAGUUCAAGAAAGAGAAAGCCCCAAAGAAGUCCAGCCCACAGUCCGUUCAGAGGUGGGGCACUGAGGAGGUGGCCGUCUGGCUGGAGCAGCUCAGCUUGGGAGAAUACAAAGAGACCUUCAUCUGCCACGACAUCCGCGGCUCCGAGCUCCUGCACCUGGAAAGGAGAGACCUCAAGGAUCUGGGGAUCUCAAAGGUGGGUCAUAUGAAGAGAAUUCUCCAGGGAACUAAGGACUUGGCCAAGAGUUCGAUGGUGGACCUGUGAGAGAUCUCAACACACAUUCCGUUUGUGAGCGAAGAGGAGUGGGAAGUGCUUUGCUGUCGUGGAUCUCUGUAGGAAUAGCUUGUAGAAAAGCUAGGGAUGUUUGUUUUAGAGCAAGAGCUGGUGCCAAAAUCGACAAGGAUUGUGUCCGAAACUUUUAGCCCCAUAUAAAAGCCAUUCCUCACUUAUCGCAUCGACGGCACAAUCAGGUAUGCAAUUCUCAUCGUGCACGUGACCUCUGGCCUCUUUUACAGAUUCCAAAUCAAGUAGCAGAACAGGACUUCCAAACCGAGAGGAGAGGAGCACACGGCCUCUGAGAAGCUCACUGGCUCUGUGCCUUGCGGUAGAUGGCAACAAUAGGAGGGCGAUGUGAUGUGUCAGCAAUAUUCUGCUUUUGACAGCACUGUUUACAUUUUAAGGAGUUGGGAAAAAGACUGCUGGAGUAUCGCAAUCAUAGAAGUGCAGCGGUGCAGUCCAGGAAAUGUCAAAGGGGGUUUCCUUCGCCAGUGACAUACUGAUGCAUGGUCUGCUUGCUGUAUUUGGAUAGCUGUUUUACUGCAUGAUCGGUGUCUUGUUUUUUAUUGUACAAACUAACACUUGAACAAGUUUUAUAUGAAUUUAGUAUAAUGCCAUUUGUUACUACUGAAGCAUCCCUUUGGUCUAAGUAGACUGCUGAUUUAUUUCUAUUUAUCUAUCUGCAUGGAAACCUCGUGUCAAAGCAGUGUCAUGUGCCAUAUUUACUUUCAGAUGAGCUUUAUUGGUAAGAAAUAUUUUAAUCUUACAGUAGGACGUUAGGAAAGUCAGGGAAAUAAGUACCAAAGCGAAUGUCCCUUGGUUUUUAAAGCGAAAUGUUCUUUAAGACAUUUCCCCCUAAAAUAUUUGAAAUAUUCAUCAAAAAUGAUCAAAUCUGGAGUAGUUCAGAAAAACAUGAACACUGCGACUCUUUGUAGCUUAAAAAAAUUAUUAUACGUUAGUUGAAAUAGGACUUCUAUUGUUUUGAAUAAGAAAUUGCAGUUGACCUGCAACAUUACAUGGUUGAUAUUUACUGAGUUCAGGAACCCAGUGCAAGUUUGAUAGGAUCAUCUACAUUUGGUUGGUGGCAUUACAGGGUAUAAGAGAUUGUUUGUUAAUAUAUGCACUGUAUAUAUACGUUAAAAGGUCCAGUUAUGAGUAAAGCCUUUGUAUUAUAGAAUGCUUACAUGAUAUUAUCAGAUGACACAUUUAUUUGUGUAUAGAGCACCAUUGUGAAUUAUUGUUUAGUAAUCGCCUUUACACGUUAAGUGCUGUUGUACUCAAUGGAAGCAAUAUUGUAUUUAUUUUGAUACAGUUCUUCUCUAUGAAGCUUUAUAAUGUGAGGUUUUUCCAUGGAAAACUAAAAAGAUAAAGUUCACACACUCCUCUUUCUUCAGUUUUGGAUUAAGUUGGACUUUGGGUCAGAGGAAUCAUGCCAUGUUCUCUCCAAAAUUCAUAAAUCUUCCAUAAGCAAAUUGCUGAUUCUGUGUAACCGUGCUUCCAGGAUAAUUUGCUAGACGGCUGGAUGUUUCCCCACACCAACUAUAAAACUGUUGUGCCUCUAUUUUUUCUGUAAAAUGGAAAAUUUCGAGCUCGGAGCUACAUGUAGUUCUACAUAAGCCAACCUGGCCAUCAGUGCAUGUGGGACUCAUAACAGUGAAUUUUUGUUGAUGUUAUAUUAUAAUGUUUCU